AUGCCUCAGGUUUUUGAGCAAAGAUUGAAGAAUUACACAGCUGCAAAGCUCAAACUUGACCAGAUGAGGUUCCCCGGGUCUGAAGAGCUCAGCUGGGAUGCAAUUCAACGGGUGCAUUCAUUAGAUGCCAUAAAGGCAGAUCUGGUGUGUUAUACCGAUGAACGCGAGCAGCUUCCAAAUGUUGAGGCUCUUUUGGAAGCAUACAAGUCGGGCAAGCUUGAUUGGAAGGCUGGUCUUGUUACUUAUUGGUCGAAGGGAGUCCAGAUUUCCCAACCAAGAAGAUUUGACUGGGAUGAAUUUGAAGCGAUCAAUUCCCACUAUGAGGGUUACAAAAGCUUUUGGACAGAAGGGGUAAUGAAUUUCCUCGGAAUUUCUAAAGCGAUUCACUAA